AGAGUAUUAGACUAUUUUCCUCACAAACAAGCAAUGGCUGUGGAUGUAGCAAUGCAGCUAUACCUGUGUUCCUCACCCUUGCGGAGAGAGAAGUGUGCCUGCAAAAUUGCUCCAAAGCCAAGCAAGCCAUUGCGGCCCUGCAUCCAGCUGAGUAGCAAAACUGCGCUGAAUGGACCAGAAGACGCAGCAGCCUCCUUCACACACAGCAAAGUGAAGAAGAGGGUGUCGUUUGCAGAUAGCAGAGGCUUUGCUCUGACGAUGGUGAAGGUGUUCUCAGAGUUUGAUGAUCCACUAGAUAUUCCUUUCAACAUCACUGAGCUGAUAGACAACAUUGUAGGUCUGACGACAGUGGAGAGGGACAGCUUUGUCCUGGAUUUUGUUCAGCCUUCUGUGGACUACCUGGACUUCAGAAACCGUCUCCAGGCUGACUGUGUCUGCCUUGAAAAUUGUAUGCUGAAGGAGCGAUCUGUUGUGGGAACAGUGAAGGUGAAGAACCUUGCUUUUGAAAAGACUGUGAAGAUCAGGAUGACAUUUGACACCUGGAAAAACUUUGUAGAUUAUCCAUGCCAGUAUGUCAAGGAUACGUAUGGCGGGUCAGAUCGGGACACGUUUUCCUUUGACAUCAGCUUGCCUGAGGGAAUUCAAUCACAUGAAAGAGUUGAGUUUGCCAUCUCCUUUGAGUGCAACGGGAAGGUGUACUGGGACAGCAACAGGGGCACAAAUUACAGGAUCAUACGGUCAGAACUGAAGUCUGCCCAGGAAGCCAUACGCACCCCGCAGGGCCCUGACUUCGGCAGUGCCUUUGACCAGUUUGGGAGCCCUCGGUGCUCCUACGGCCUCUUUCCCGAGUGGCCCAGCUAUUCGGGCUAUGAGAAGCUAGGGCCGUACUACUGACCCAAGGACCAAGUCCUGAUUGACUAACUGUUGCUGGUGUGUCUGCAGGCCUGGGAGCUGGUCUGAACAUGAGGUGUACAGAAAGGUGGGGAAAAAAAAUGGCUCCAUGUAGCUCUGCGUAAG